AUGAUAGUGACCGCCAUUAAUGAGCAUGGGGGGAAGGGGGUGACUUGGACAAGAAACCAACGAAAAUUCAUCUUCCAAGCAAGAAAUCGAAGUGGGUACCAAGCAGGCAUUAAAUGUCGACGACCCCACAGGAGAAGAGCAAUUAAUGCUCGAUUGGUGCGUACCCAAGAUUUAUGGAAGGAACAUGGGCUUUGUGACAUUUUUAUUAAUGACGAUGAUGUUUUCUUUUUAAAAUUUGAUAUCGAUGAGGGAAAGCCUUCGGAGGUUUACUCUUACACUACCACCAUGUGUAAGCGGGCUACGGGUAGAGCGAUUUAUGCUCGUAUCCUCAUUGAGAUGUCGGCUAAAGAUCCUUUGGCAAAAGAAAUAAAAAUCAAAGCAUUCACGGCUAAAGGCGCUACCUCUACCUCCCUUAGAGUGGAGUAUUCUUGGAUCCCUAAAAUAUGCGACCAUUGCAAAAAUUUUGGUCAUGACCACACCACUUGCCCCUCUCACACGACUAGCGCUCCCGUCCAAAAGAUGUCCACGUCCAUUCCGAAAGAAGUUGACAAAGAAGGUUUUCAAACAGUUAAAAGGAAGUCUAGAGCAAUUCCUAUCCCUAAAAAGAAAGUUCAAGUCGACAACCGCAAAGGCAAAGGUCCCACCCUAAAGAUCUCUCAAGUCUUCAAGCCAAUCAUUCGUGAUCCGAAGAAGAAAAAUAUAUCGACCAACAUGUUUGAUCCUCUUUCGCACCAAAGAGUUGACGAUUCUCAAGAAGAUUCUUGCAUCCCUCCUGUUAUUCAUUCCAGAGAUACUCACCCGACUUCUGACGUACAUCCGAGCUCUUCUCAUGGUGGUUGUAUUUCUUCUCCAUUUGAUCAGGGAUGA